AUGUCCAGCUCUGCCGAAGCCGGGAUGGGUGUGAGGGUGGCGCUGACAGGUUUUGCGGUCCUGAUGCUGCUCCAGUGCUGCUCUGCCUACAAGCUGGUCUGCUACUACACCAGCUGGUCCCAGUACCGGGAAGGCGAUGGAAGCUGCUUCCCAGAUGCCAUCGAUCACCUCCUAUGCACCCACAUCAUCUACAGCUUUGCCAACAUCAGCAACAAUGAGAUUGACACAUGGGAGUGGAAUGAUGUGACACUCUAUGGCACGCUGAACGCGCUUAAAACCAGAAACCCCAACCUGAAGACCCUCCUGUCUGUUGGAGGAUGGAACUUUGGCUCUCAAAGAUUUUCCAGGAUUGCCUCCAACUCUCAGAGACGCAGGACCUUCAUCAAGUCGGUUGCCCCAUUCCUGCGGGCCCAUGGCUUUGAUGGGCUGGAUCUUGCCUGGCUCUACCCUGGUCCAAAAGACAAGCAGCAUCUCACCACCCUCAUCAAGGAACUGAAGGCCGAAUUCACAAAAGAAGUCCAACCAGGGACAGAGAAACUCCUGCUCAGCGCAGCUAUGUCAGCAGGGAAGGUGGCCCUUGACAGUGGCUAUGACAUCGCCCAGAUAUCCCAACACCUGGAUUUUAUGAGUCUCAUGGCCUAUGAUUUCCAUGGAGCCUGGCGCCAAACCACAGGACACCACAGCCCUCUCUUCCGAGGCCAAAAGGACACUAGUUCGGACAGAUUCAGCAAUGUGGACUAUGCCGUGGGAUACAUGCUGAGGCUGGGAGCCCCAGCCAGCAAGCUAGUGAUGGGAAUCCCCACCUUUGGGAGGAGCUUCACUCUGGCAUCUUCUGAGAUGGGGGUAGGAGCUCCAAUCUCAGGACCAGGAUUACCAGGCCGGUUCACCAAGGAGAAAGGGGUCCUCGCCUACUAUGAGAUCUGUGAUUUCCUCAAAGGAGCUGACGUGCACAGAAUCCUUGGCCAGCAGGUUCCCUAUGCUACCAAGGGCAACCAGUGGGUGGGGUAUGACGAUCAGGAGAGUGUCAGAAACAAGGUGCAGUACCUGAAGAGCAAGCAGCUGGCAGGAGCCAUGGUGUGGGCGCUGGAUCUGGACGACUUCCGGGGCUCCUUCUGUGGGCAGAACCUACGCUUCCCGCUCACCAAUGCCAUCAAGGAGGCACUUGCUAAGGCUUAGCUCUCUCUUUCUCACAUGGUACCGGGCUCAGCCGGGGUGAACAGAGAAGCAGGAUAGGACAGUGGGGUCGUCAGAGUCACCGUGUGAGACCAGGUUCAGCACAUCUCGGUUGAGGAAUGGAAAUUCUCAGAUGCUAAGCCCAGCACAAAGGAUUUUCUCCAACUGCCUUUCCUUCAGCGCUCCUGACCAAAGGACACCAUUUUGGCACAUUAUACCAUCAAGUAGGCAAACAUCUUACAUGAUACAGUGGCCAUACUAAUUAUACCUUCUGCAAAGCCCAACUUGAA